AUGGCAUGCAAAUCCAGCUUCUGCAAGGACCGCCGCUGCGCCAACAACCACUGCACCUCCAACCAAGACUGCGACUCCCAGACAAUCUGUAGCCACGGCAGCACUUGUAUCAUCGGCUGCCUGCCGGAUGAUCACGAGUGCGAGCGGAAUGAGCAGUGUCGCUCGGGAAAUUGCAAUGACAGACAGUGCGCUGCGGGUACUCGGUAUCCCGGCGCGGAGUGCUCGGAUAACCGGGAAUUCCCGCAGGGCUUGAUUUGUUGGAAUAUGGAGUUUAUUGCGCAGGACCGGAAGAAAUGCUUAAAGCCGGAUGAGCCUGGGACGAAGGGGCGUUUGGGGAAUCCGUGCAGUGGCAACGAGGACUGCGGCAAAGAGCUUGAGUGCAAGGAUGAGAGGCAGGGUGUUGAGAAAAUACAGGACAUUUUCAAGGCUUUUCCGCCUGGGGCUCCUGAGAAUCAUCUCGUGUGCGUGGAGAAGAAGGCGAAGAUGUCCGAUGUCUGA